GGGUAGUAAAAGCACACUAGCGGAGGACAGCUUAGCACCACUACUUACAACCUGUACCCGCUUCACAUGGGCAACCCGGGUUUGUUUGUGUUCAAGACCACUUGAGAUUAAGUGCCUACACCAACCAAAAACAAGAACCCCACACGCGUGUGCGUACUGUACGUGUUUUAAGGUGGGGGUGCUGCUGACAACGAUAUGAAACGGUGAGCCGACACACAGUGCGUUCAGUGUGCAGUCAGUUUCCCGCAGCUCCUCCUCAUGGCCGGAGAGCAGCUGCGACUCCUGCUGACAGAUCCUCUUCGGUUAAGUUCACAGGAUCAGUGGACAGUGCAGGAUAGUGGAGAGCACUGCAGCGCCUUGCAUUUGCACCUGUCUCAUUAGGUUCCUUUGAUGCACGAAUCAUCAGUUGAAAAAAUGAGCCUAAACAGGAUCAGUGCAACCUUGUUAAUAGAAGGCUGCAGACUUGAUAAGAAGCAAGCAGCCUGCAGGCAGCAUAAUUUCAAUAAAAGGAAACUGAGUUUGAUACGGAUUCUGAGUCUGUUUCUAGGUAUCAUGAUCAUUAGUACAAUCUCACUUUCACUGAGUGCCUUCUCUUCAGCCAAACACUAUGCAGCAGCCCAUGUCAACAUCCAGUAUGAUCAGAGAUACACCAAUGUAAAACAAAGAACUCUACUAGGAGUUCAGGAUCAUGAUCUGUCUAUUAAUAUGAAACAGGAUGGCAACAAAAUGAAUGACACUGAUCCUCCUCAUCAGAGUAAAGGAGAGUAUCCUGAAGACCUGUUUACACUGGGGGAAAGAAAACGGGGCGCUGUAAUCUUUCAUAUCUUUGGCAUGAUUUACAUGUUCAUUGCCUUAGCAAUCGUUUGCGAUGAAUUCUUUGUUCCUUCGUUAACAGUCAUCACAGAGAAACUGGGCAUCUCAGAUGAUGUUGCUGGAGCAACAUUCAUGGCUGCUGGUGGGUCAGCACCUGAACUCUUCACAUCUUUAAUAGGAGUUUUUAUAGCUCAUAGUAAUGUCGGCAUAGGAACAAUAGUUGGAUCGGCAGUUUUUAACAUUCUGUUUGUAAUUGGAAUGUGUGCUGUGUUUUCCAAAGAAAUCUUGAACCUUACCUGGUGGCCGUUAUUCAGGGAUGUGUCAUUCUAUAUUAUGGACCUGAUUCUUCUGAUUGUAUUUUUUCUGGAUAACAUAAUUUCUUGGUGGGAGAGUCUUUUGCUGUUGACAGCAUAUGGAGCCUAUGUGACUUUUAUGAAAUACAACGUGCAGUUGGAGGACUGGGUGAAGAGAAAGCUGAACAGAAAUAAAGUGGUGAAAGUAACUGCUGCAGAACCUGAAAGAAAGUCUUCGUCUCACAUUGGUGGAGGUGGGGACACGGAUGAAAAUAAACUGACGGCCAGACCCCGGCUGCAACGUGGCGGAAGCUCUGCGUCAUUACAUAACAGUCUGAUGCGAAACAGCAUUUUUCACCUAAUGAUUCAUACACUGGAUCCCCUUGCAGAAGAGCUUGGAACAUAUGGAAAACUAAAAUAUUAUGACACAAUGACAGAAGAAGGAAAGUUUAGAGAGAAGGCCUCAAUUCUUCAUAAGAUUGCAAAGAAGAAAUGCCAGACAGAAAACAAUGAAAGGCCCAAUGGUGCUGCUCACCAUGCUGAAAAAAUUGAGCUUCCAAACAGUACAACUGUAGAAGUUGAAGUAACACCACCAAGGGAUUCCCCCAGGCUUCUACAAAAUGGAAAUGUCGCCCACAACACUGAAGCUGCAGACGGACAGGUUGCUACUGCAGUUUUAGAAGAAGAUGAAGAUCGUCCACUGAGCCUAGCAUGGCCUGACACAAAUCGUAAACGUGUCACUUAUCUCUUCAUCCUACCCAUUGUCCUGCCUCUAUGGAUCACCCUGCCAGAUGUCAGAAAUCUCGCAUCCCAGAAGUUUUUUCCUGUCACCUUUUUUGGCUCAAUCACAUGGAUAGCAGUGUUUUCCUAUUUGAUGGUGUGGUGGGCGCAUCAGGUUGGAGAAACCAUUGGAAUAACAGAAGAGAUUAUGGGACUGACUAUUUUGGCGGCUGGUACCUCCAUCCCUGAUCUUAUUACUAGUGUCAUUGUUGCGAGGAAGGGCCUAGGAGACAUGGCUGUGUCCAGCUCUGUGGGAAGUAACAUAUUUGACAUCACAGUAGGGUUACCAUUACCUUGGCUUCUGUUUAGCCUUGCUAACAAGAUGUCUCCCAUCAGUGUAAGCAGCAAUGGCCUGUUUUGUGCGAUUGUCCUUCUUUUUCUCAUGCUGCUCUUUGUUAUCUUGUCGAUUGCAUUUUGCAAGUGGAAAAUGAACAAAGUCCUGGGCCUCUUCAUGUUUGGACUCUACUUUGUGUUUCUAGUCACCAGCGUGAUGUUAGAGAAGAAGAUUAUCACAUGCCCUGUUUCUAUUUAGCAAGAAUGCUGUUUGGAUUGUGCUUAAUUAUGGCGGCAUGUUGUUAUUCGGUCUUCGGCAAGAUGGAGUUCUUGAAGUGGGAGACUAUAACCAUUGUACAUAACAUGAGAGUGGCCAUCCAUACACUAAAGCUAUUAUCAGAAAAUACUGCGCAUACUAUGGAAUCAAGAGAGUGAAGAGGAUUAAGUACAUAUUAUAAAAUAAUAGCAAGUACACUAUCACUAAAGUUAUAUUUAGAGAGGAGGUCUCAUUUAUAUUUUAGAUAAAAAGUAUGCACAUGUACUAAUACAGAAAGUAGUCAGCACCACAAAGGCAAUCAUUGCAGAACUAGAGCAUUAAUAGAGAAGUAAUGCAUCAGUGCUAUAUGCUAAUGAAGAGAGGCUCUGAUUCUGACUUACUGCUACAGCCAGCUUAAUAAUUGUCAGACUGUUUUAUAUGUAUAUAUUAGAUGUGUUAUCUCUUCAUCUAACUCCACACUGGGUGUAGCUCAUGAAAAGUUACUGACAAACAAACAUAUAUACUGGAAUUUACAUGAAAUAUCUACAUGGUUGUCACUGUUAAAGCGACACCCUGACCUCAUGUGCAAAAAUGGGAAAAGGGGGUUGAGGAUGGGAGGAUGGAUGGAUAUCUGAUACACUCAUGUAAUAUGUGUAAUACUGACCAGCAGUUAUUUGGUCAGGGGUGGGAUAAUGCAGAAAGUACUGUAUUUAGUCAAUUUUCUUAUCAGUAUAUUAACAAAACUUAAUAAACUUUAUUGACAAAAAUAUUGGCUUGUUGUCAGAAAAACUGACAUUGAAAGAAAGGAAAUCUCUGUGAAAUAUAUUGCUAUAUGUUUAAAGGAUAUUUACAAUGACAGAUAAAGCAUUAUUUUUCAACAAAAAACAUUGUUGAUGUAGUUUAUGAUGAGAAUGUAAGUGUAAAAGUAAGGCUCAAAUUAUAUAUAAAGUAGUUUUAACUUUUUGGUACUGUAACUUGUAUGAAUACUGAACUUGUAAAGAUUUUGCAUUAACUGAACAUUGUUAGCUCAAAUCAUAUAUAAUAGGGGGCAGAUGCCUUGAAAACAGGUAUGUGAAAUAUAUAAUGAUAUUGCUGUGGUGUUCAUUUAAUUUCUCAGUCAUUUAAAAACAACCAGCCACUCACUCAAUAAUCACUAACACAUGCCAUAAUUUAUUGAAAGUUGACAUCUUAAAAUUAGUGAUGAAAUAUGCAAUUUUCAGGAAAACGUUACAUAGAUUUGUACCUGUUGUAAGAGUUUGAUAGCAAAUCAUUUUCUUUUGUUAUUUAACCCAUACUACAGAACAUACGCUAUCACUGAAUACAUUACUUACAGAUACAGCUAUAAAAUGUGACACAAGGCAGGUAAAGAUAUAAUCAUGCUUUAAAGUGAUAAUGUCAUGUGGGAGAAUAGACAUUUUCCAUCCACAUCUGUGCAGACCUAAACCUUAAAGCAGUUAUGAUAGUCCACUGUGCUGAUAUUCUGCCAGUUUGUAUGCAGUAUCUAUAUUUUUUAUACAUCUAUAUUUGGACUCUAGAUCUAUGAUACUGAAAUUGAGAAUGCUCAUGAUGGUUUGCUAAAUCUGUUGAACUGCAAAAUAAUUGUGAUAGUGAAUAUAUAUGGUCUGCAUUUACAACAAUGUUCUAGCAAACAUAGAUGAGAAUUCUGCAGCCUGUUUCCUUUUUACUAUGUGGGUUAAUCUAAUGUUACACAGACACCUGCUUUUCAAGCUGAUUUCGGAUUUUAUCUGAACAGCAUUUGACAUAGGUGGUGACAGAGCUUUUGGCACAGCUUAAAAAAAAAGAUGUUUAAUUCAUUUUUCCAGAUGAUACAGUUCUUUAUGCCGGUUUUGUUUCAUUGUAAGCCAUAUGUUACACUCUGUUCUACAUAAACUUCAUUUAACAUUACUGUUUCUCUGAAUACAAAGGAGUGCUUGACAUUAAUCUUUAGAAUUAAAAAUUCAAAUCUUUUGUGCCAAUGUAUUUCAAGUUAACUUUGGCUAAAUAGGUUUCUGCACCUAACACAGACUUUUCAGAUUUUUUUGUGUGAAAUUUAAAGUAACAGUAACAUAUUACUUUAAUAUAUAUACUUAAGAUGUAGAUAUGUGUAUAUUUCUAUACCAUGUGCUAAUACAUAAACAUUACCAUACAGUUCAUUCAUACAUACACAUUUUCACAAAUUUACAUACCAUAUGGCAUUGUAUAUGUACAGGUAAAUGACAUAUAUGACUCCACUAUGAAAUGUCAAAUGUCAAAAACUGAAGAUCAGACAUGCCAAAAACUAAUGCACAAAAAUACAGGAAGGCAAAACAGUAAACUGUAAGUGGUUGUACAAGGGUUUUAAGCCGCAUCCUUAUACGCCAGGAUAUGGGGGCAAGCUCCUCUGAACUUAUAUAUGCCAAAUCCAUGAUCUCACCAAUUGAAAGAAUGGAGAAAUCUCCAAAAAAAGGAAUCAUUGCCUGCACUCAACUACAGAUUGCAACAACAGUAAUUUUACAGGGAAAAGAGGGAUAAGUGCUGUACUCCUUUGCAUCUUGUUUUUGGGAACAACUCAGGGAAUUUGACCUCAGCCACCUGUAGAGGUACUGGUACACACAAACCCACAGCUACACACACACACACACACACACACACACACACACACACACA